AGUUCGAGCUCCUGCGCAAAAUGUAAGCGUGUUUAGUGUAGUUGCAGUGAUCUCUGGUUAGACUCUGGAGGAAGUGUCCUGAUUAUUGCGAAUAUUAUCAAGGGCGUCAUUUCGGAGGUGUGUAAACUUGGGUAUCAGGUGCAGAACCGGUAAAUAUUGCUCGCAAAGAUGCUGAUGCUGUGAUAUCGAGCACCUGUUCCUGAGCUGCCUGGCAGCUAGAAGUGCGCGCCAAGAAGUCGGCCCUCAUCUCGUGGUACAGGCCUCUCGUCUCGGAUUUCUCGGAGGGGCCGGAUCGUGCGAGAGUUGUCAAAAAUAGGGCGAAAAUGGCGGAACAAACCGAGAGGAAUCAAUUACCACCCGGUUGGGAGUGCAGAUACGACGGAAAAAGCGGCCGCGCGUAUUUCAUUAAUCAUUUCAACCGAUCAACAACUUGGGAAGACCCGCGAGUGCGUUAUUGGCAGUAUGCGCAGUACUUACAGUCGCAAAAUUCAACAACUCCAAGCUCUGGGAUUACUGAUCAUCCGAGUGAUUCCAUACCUCUUCAGACAAGUGGAAAUAGCACAACUGGACAUAUAGUCUAUUCUGGAGCUCACAGAGCUCCACAAGUCUACCCAACUCCUUCCUACUGUAACCCACAGCCUGCAUUUUUACCUCCAAAUUGGCAGGACCUUAAAACACCGUUAUCAACUACGAGAUCCGUAAGUGGCUUGACAAACAGACUUGGCGACAUGACCAUUGGAUCUCCUACUCCUAUUAGAAAUUUUGAAUCUAGCUUGAUGCAAAACAAUGAUGUAGAGUUACAGGUGGCUAAAAUUAACGCCAUUUUUCCUACAGUAUCUGAUACACACAUUAGGCUGCUGUUAAAAAAAUACCAUAACAGACCAGCUCUGGUUGUGAGUGCACUACAAGUUGAGAAGAAUCCUCUUUGUCAACCAGGACCCUGUACACCAAUAGGUGUUUACUCAAGUUAUGCGAUACCAAGAUGGAGACUUCCUCAUCAUGCGCUUCAUGCAGCACUCACACUGAGUCCACCUAGGGGCAUACGACCAGCCCCACACUCCCCAAAAAUGAAACUUAGGUACCUGAAAAAUGUGUUUCCUACAGUCGACGAGUAUAUACUUCUCGAUAACUUGGAACAGUGCGAAAAUAACGUCCAAAAGGCAACUGAUAAGCUGCUUGAGCUUGGAUACGAAAAGCGUUGUCCAACUGCGCCGUCCAGAUCGUCAAUUAAGAAAAAAGAAGUGGAUGAGGAAGAAAAAAUUCAAAUAACUCCACCUGCUCCUACUCCACCGCCGCGAAUGAAAAGUAUGGAAGAAAAAAAUAAAAUGAAACUACAUCUGAUGGACAAGUUUAAAGAAGUGCCAGAAAAAGUUAUUUUGUUAGCUAUGGAUAGCGUCGAUUAUGAUGAAGAGCGUGCAGCACAUAUUUUAGACAUAAUGGUUGCAGAGGAAGCUAUAAAGCCACUUAGAACGUCCAGUAGUCAAAGUAGUACUAAAAGUGAAGAUAGAAAAGACAGCCCUCCAGUAACAGAAGCACUUAAAUUAAGUUAUUCUCCUAUUAAACGAAUUGCCAAAGAAUCGGAUAUUGAAAAAUCUAAACGGCCGAAAACUAAAAGCGACGUUCCGAAAGUAUCACGAGGCACGAGUACUGCUGAAGACAAUGAUCACAAAUCAAUUUAUUUAACAAGGCCAACGGGCCCCAAUGCAGACUUGCCAAAAGGUGCCAAUAACGAGUUGCUAUUACCUGAUUACGCACCAUGGUCAGGACCAGAUCCAUCAUUGUUAGUUAAAAAUAUAUAUGGUAAAAUUUUAACUGCAGGGCGUAACCCAUCUUUAGUCAGAGGUAGUUUGAAUCUUGCAAAGGGCCCAAAUUUGGAACUCCGUAAGGGUCCUCUUAGGGGAUUAGCUCAAGGUUCAAUUUACUCUCAACGAAAUAUUACUGCUAUUGAAUGUCGAGGAAAAUGAAACAGGUGCAGUUGUUUUUUCUAGUUGAUGAGUUUUUUUUUAUUUUUUAAUUAUUUUUGUUUAGUUUUAGCAAAUA